UUGCUCUCUCAGUUUAUUUCGAGAUAGUGAUUCUCGUCAAUGUAAAGGAUCACCGAUGACAAGAGAAAUCAUCGAAGUGAUUUAAAUUUAAUUGUUCAGUGUAAACCGUCGGGAUUUUUCCUGUUGAAAUUAACUGUUGGAAAGACUGCAAGAGUAAUAGGAUGAAGGGAACUUUAAGUGUCUCUUUGUGCCUUCUCUCCCUAAUCACCAUCGUCUUUGCUGGAUGCAAAAAAGUCGCUUUACAAGAACUGAGGGUUCCACUCUCGGGAACGAACCUCGAGUGGCCGUGCAACAGCACAAGAAACAUUUACCUGAGCAGUGGACGCUACAUUCCCAGGAAUGUCAUCGUCACCAGACUGCAGAUGUACAGAGACGAGGCCAUUGUGGCUCUUCCGAGGCUCAAGCCAGGGGUUCCAUUCACCCUCGGAGUUGUUUCCCUCCACAAGAAGGGCAAUAACAGAAUAACUCCAUUCCCCUGUUGGGUAAUUCAGGAAGAGGGCAACUGCGAAGCCCUACAGAGCGUCAUCGACAUUUCCCUGGAUGUCCAGGACAUUCUCUGGGUUCUGGACUCGGGAAUUGUCAAUACAUUGACACAACCGAUUAAACGGUGUCCACCUAAAGUGGUCGCCAUUGAUGUUAAAAAUGGACGGGUUGUCAAGGUUAUCAACAUCGAGCCCUACAUGACUGAUGCGUCCCAUCUUCAAAAUCUCGUGGUGGAUUAUGCUCCGGAUGGCAAUGUCUUCCUGUACAUCUCUGAUCCACCAACUCGUUCAAUCAUCGCUUACAACGUCAUUGCUGAACGAGGAUGCAGACUGAUCCUCCCCAGGGCCGUCAAUCUGGGAUCCAAUCAACGCGAUCUCAUGUAUAUGUCACUCGUCAGGAAAUCAGACUACACACCAGUCGUUUACUGCUCUUACAUGAACUGCAGUAGAGUCUUCAGUAUCAAAGCUGAGUUCCUGAGGAGGGGAAUUAUUAACAAUAAUGUCGUUGAUGUGGGACCUAAACCCGGAAAAUUGGUUGGCCUUGGCAGUGACAAUGGCAGCAAUCUCUUCUUCCGUAUGAAAGGAGAGUCGGAUAUAUAUAUGUGGAACGCUGAGACCAACUUUACACCAGAGAACUGCAUCCUCGUAGAAAAAGGUGAUGAGUAUCGAAUGCCAACUCAAGUCGUUCCUGGUUACAAGAAACUCAUGUGGGCCCUAGAGAGCAACUUCCAGGAUUACAUUCAGGAUACAGUUCCCUCCUCUGGCACCAAUAUGCUCAUCCGCCCAAUCGUCAAGCAGUGCUAACAAUUUAUUAUUAUUAUCUACCAUUAAAAUAGCCCAACCAUUGUUGGCUCUGGACUUGAUGAAACCGAGUCAUUUCCAAGGAGCUGGAGUUCUUUUAUCAGCAAUUUCUUUGCUGAAAAAUCUCACAAAGUUUGACUGAUCUCAUUCCAUUAAUUAUUUCAUUAACUGAACUUCCGUCGCACCAGUCACGAGAGAUUUCUGUUGUCUGAUAAUGAAUUCACAUGACAGGAGAUUUGAUUAUGGACAAAACUAACCAGUGUUUUCUUUGAUUGUAUCGAGUGACACUAACUUGUCGUUUCUAGUCGCAUGAUAGAAUGGAGAAUCAAUGACAUUAUCAUCUUAAUAAAAGAGUUAUCAAUUUUAAACUA